AUGAAAUUCUCAAUUACUCUCGCCCUUUUCUUCACUGGACUAGCUACGGCCAGUCCGCUGCUGGUCCGUGAACCACAGCAGUCCAACGACGACGACCUCCAGAUAAAUGACUUCUCUCUACCAGACGCACCCUCCAAACCCGUGGAUCCUGGCUUUACUCUUCCGGACCCGGUUUUCAAUGGCCCUACAAACUCAAAGGGCAUUACUAAAGAUGGCUGCGAUGCAAUUCGCAAGAACCAUGGCCCGGAAUUAGCUGCUAAAUCCGGGUGUAACGAAUUUAACUAG